AUUCAGUGUAUGCGGGACAGCCUAAGAAGUAGGCGCGGUGGCGGAGCUUUUGCGACAAUUCGAAAAGUUUUUCAGUAUUUUGGUAAACAACCCGAUGUGAUACUUUCACACGGGCCGUUUUUUAUUUUUUAUUUUUCAUUGAUUGGCUUCUUGAGGUGGUUGCACCAUGCAUCAUUACCGAACUUUCCUUAAAACGCUGAGUAUCAUUGUUUAAAACGAAGUUCUACACAGUGUUCGAAGUAAAGAAGUGUUCAAGAAAUGUUGAGAAAAAGUUCAUCGUUGUUCAAACUGGCGGUGAUGGAGAGAGCUCUAUAACGGAGGGGCUGAGAACCGCCCUCGCCCGACUGCGACAGAGAUCAACUCCCCCUGGUAGCCAGACGUCCCCAUUGCACCAACCUUCUAAUUGCAUAGCCUCCGAGAGCUGCUCCUCAGGCAGCACGAACAACAGCCACUGCCCUUCUAGCCCGCGCCCUAAAAUGACCGUCAAUUCGCAGUCGGGCCCCAGAUCUCCCCGACCUCCCGACGACCUCAUUAGCACUGCCACCUCUGCCCUCCGACGCCUUCACUUCAAAACCGGAAGAAACGCCACCAAAAACUCCACCAAGCAGCCUGUCCCAAAGGUGAUAGUCAUGGGCUCAAGUACUGCUUCCGAAACCACCAUCAAUACCAGCACAGACAGCUCUAAUACCAUCGUAACAACAGUAACAGCAACUGACGGGGACGUGACGGAGGACAGCUUAGACCAUCCUGAAGCGGUUGAUUAUUUCAAUUCAGAAAACGCAGAUGGCAACAAAAUCCUCCAACCAGUUCCACUAUCACCCAAAACACCAAUCACCGCAAAACAACAAACACCUCCAACUGCUAAACAGGAAACCCGAUUCAAUUUCGAUGUUGAAACACCCAAAGCUGUUCUAUCAAAAGAAGAGAACAAGUUCGUGUUCGAAUCGCAAGAACCCAGCAACCCUCAGGAGAAAACUGUCGAGAAACUGAUGGAAGAGCAGAUUGAGGCUCUGAAAAUGGAAGCCCGUCGCAGAAACAGCUACAAACAAGCGGCGCAAAACGACUUUGAAAAAAUGUCAGUGGACCCGCCCGCAGAAAAGCCCCACCCGAAGGACUUCAGAAGGAGCUACCGCGCGGCUCAAAACGACAUGGAGAAGAUGAUGGUGGACAAGACGAGUCCGAAGGAGCACAGGCGAAGUGUGCGGAAACGGCUGGACGUGGAGGGCAAAGAGAAGCCCGAGAGGACCUCCCCGAAGCGGCGCGCCGAGCGGACCUUGAACUCCUCGCCGGAGACCAACGACGACUCCCCCAAGCCCAAACACCGGCACAAAAAGGCCAGCAGACGCCACCACUCGCCCAACAAGCCGCGAGAGAAGUUCAGCUACGACGAGAAGCACAUUGCCAAGUAUCGGGAAAAGGCUCGGAUGACCCCGCCUUUGCCAGACCUCCGCGUAGACUUCUUCAACGAAACGGUGGAUGCUUGCCAAGUGGAUUCGUUGCAUGUUUCCGGCGAAAAGCGCGGCAGCGUGUGUCUCAACAAAUGUUUACGAGAAGUGGGGGCUCAGCUAGAAGCAUCUGCCACAUCACCUAUAAAUGUUACUACUAAUCCUUUGGAAAAUUCAGUACACUUUGGUGGCCGAAAAGCUCCGCAAGCCACUAUCGUCGUUCAGCAGCCGUCACUCAGCUUGGAUCACUCGAAUGUCUCGACGAUCCUGCUGAAGAACGGAAGUGAAUUCGUGUCGAACGUAGAAAGUGUCGGGAAUAAGUUGAGUUUCAAGAGACAGAAGGAAGAAAACAUGAAGCAGCUACUGGACGUGGCUAACAAUUUAACGCUAGAAGAAAUCCACGAUUUUGAGAUGAGGUACGGGAGCCCUCACCACAAUCGAUCUCAAUCUGUAAAGACUCCAGGCCGGUCUUCUGGUAGACCGAAUUAUCUCUGUUUGCCACAGCAAAGGUCUCGAGUGGCGUCGAUGCCCAACACGGGCGUUGAAGAGGAGUAUUAUCGCCUACGACACUUCUCGAUCACUGGAAAAGGCGUCGUCAAUAGGGGCGACAGUCUGAAAAGCCGCAGAUCUAGGUCCAACAAUUCGGUCGCUUCCAGCAAUUCGAGCACAGAGCAGCUUCCGGGGGCGGUGUCGACGGCGGGAUCGGCACGUACGUCCGCUUCCUGCAGCCUGGCGUCCUCGCGGGAGUCGUCCACCAGCGCCCCCGGCCCCACCCCGUACAAGGUCCUGAUGCUGGGGGGCCCAGCCGUGGGCAAAUCCUCCCUAGUCUCCCAGUUUAUGACUUCCGAGUACCUCCACGCUUAUGACACUAGCAUAGAUAGCGAAAACUGCGGCGGGAUUAGUCUAAGGAUCGAAUUCGUUUCUGGUGAGGUAGACAAACAGGAUGACGAAAGCGGGGAGAAAUCCGUGUCCGUUCUGUUGGCCGGCGAGGAAUCCGAACUUACUUUUAUAGAUUUUGCGACAGCUGACUUAUCGCCGGACAGUUGUAUAAACAAAUACACGGAUCCUCACGCAUAUUGUGUCGUCUAUUCGAGUGCCGACCGGUCGAGUCUUGCGUGUGCCGAAAAAAUCCUGCAGACCCUGUGGACGCUGGACACCAUCAGCACAAAAGCCGUCAUUCUCGUCGCGAAUAAAGCUGAUCUUGUCAGGUCGAAAGUCGUCUCGACUGAAGAGGGAAAAUCGAUGGCAACAGCUUACGAUUGCAAGUACAUAGAGACAUCUGUAGGCAUCAAUCACAACGUAGACGAACUGCUGGUAGGAAUCCUCACUCAAAUCCGGUUAAAAUUGGAGAAUCCGGAGAGAUCAAGGGAUCUGUUCCGUAAGAGGAGCUCGUCGAAGAAGAAUUUGAAUAGGAAUAGAUCGCCGGUUUCCGCCACGGGAACGCCGACGGGAAGUGCCGCCAAUUCGCCGAAGAAGUACAGAGGCUCUCGCACCUCUGCGAGCUUAAAAGUCCGGAAUUUGUUAGGGAAAGUUUGGGCGAGGGACAGCAAAUCCAAAUCUUGUGAAAAUUUGCACGUCUUGUAAUUCUCUUUUAGUUGAGUCCACGUGCUGAAAGUACAAUUCCAAUUGUGAUUUUUUUCGAGAUUAGUUGAGAUUAGUUUUAGGUGCACACUUUUUAUACAUUUUUUGACCAUACUUAUACCUAUUUCUAAGCCAUUAUUUUAUAUUUAUAUUAGGGUAAAAUAUACUUGUUUUCUAAAAUCAUACAUUUCAUUUUAACUGUCUCUUACAACACUAACAAUUUCCAAAACAUAUCGAAUCUGAGUUCUGACGCCCGAAACAUUUUAGUGGGUCCACGCAAGCAAACACCAAAAAUAGUACGGCCAAACUGUGACUUAAAGUCCCGGAGUUUGGAGUAAAAGCUUUAUUUUAGUCGUUUGUCCUUGUCAGUUUUUUGAUUAUUUCCGGAAUUAAUCAAAUUGGGUCCAUACUGUAGCAAGUAAUUAGGUAGAUAGGUGUAAAAUAUUUGUAGAAAGUGUAAACUAUUAAAGUAAAAUUUUUGAAUUUGUACUUUACUGAGCAAGGUGAAGCUUUAAAAUGCGAGAAUUUAUUAGUUCGUAAUGGCAGUUCAGUUUUGUUUAACACAGGGUGUUAAAUUAGAUGCAACUGAAAGAAAUAACGUAUACAGUCUGGUCCAAAAUAUAUUCUUAAUUGUGACGAGGGUACGGGCGAAACAUGACUGAAGUCAGUUCAUAUCAAACUAUAGCCGCUAUAAUAUAUCACUGCUACACGACGUGGCAUUUGCUCAUUUUGGACCGGCCUGUACUUAACAAUGUAAAUAGAAUAUUUUUAUGGAGUUGGAAAUAAUGACUCUAAGAAAUUUAAUAAUUAUUAUGAAUGUAAAUUCAGUAUUAGAUGUAAUUUUUGUUGCAGCCCAUGUAUAAAAGUAUUUUUGUCUCGACAAAUUCGAUCAUGAAAUUUAAUGAGAAAUAUGUAAAUUUGGAAUAAAUUCGAUUUAUCUUUGAUUGUAAAACUUUAACCCUUUGCACACUAAAUCACAAACAAAUUUGCAUGCUAAUUAUAACUUGGAUUGUUUGGUAUACAUACAAAAAUAUUUUUGUACAUUGAUCAAAAUUCCAUUGUAGAUCAGAGAGCUCAAUUAUUUAAAAUCAAAAUAAAUCUUAGAAAAUUUGACCAAUUUUAUUUGUGCCUUUGUAUAGAGGCUUGGUUAGAGGACAAAAGCAUUCAAGGACUGAAUUUUGAAGAAACAAAUUCCAUAUCCCUCUAUAUGUUGAUUAAAUAACGCAUUAAUAUAAUCAGUAUUCAUUAUUAAAUAGUAUAUGCAAAAAGUAUAUAUUAUACGUGUCUUUUAAAUUUUCAAACAGUGUGGUAUCUUCCAUUUUUAAAAGUAUGUCGUUUAAAUGUUUAGCAGCUAAGAUAUCUUUGUUUCUCUUUUAAUAAGUGCCAAUCUCUCUUUUCCGUUGUUGUAUAAUUUAUUCGGUAAGUGUUGAUUUAGUUUAGGUGUUAGCAUAAUGGAAUCCAUUAUUAUAAUCCCUGAUUGUAAUGAUUUAUUCCAUUAGCUUGAUUUUCAUGUUCGGACAACCGGGUAAAAUUACUAGAAAAUGUAGAUCACGUUUUAAUUUUUUCGAUUCAAAUUUAAAUUGCUUUAUUUCGUUUCCGACAUUUCUUGUUAACAAAUUUCAGAAAAAUAUUUAGUGCGUUAGGGACUUAGUUAAAUCGUAUUGUAUUAUUGUAGUCACAGUUAUAGAAAGAAACAUAAUGCACAAGUUGGAAUUUUGAAGUUUGUAAAUUUAUAAUCCAUUAUUUGUAUCAUGUAAUGAAGUUUAUAUCAAUAAAAUUUUUGCCGUGUAUUUA